UUAUAUCCUUCAGAGCAUAAUUUAGCAUAAAAUAGAGCUCAUGUCCGAAACCCUCGUCCGCCAUUUUCUUGCUUUCAUCUCUAAGCUUUUUGCUAAUUUGCUUUGAACCCAUUUCAAUUCAAGAUCAUCGGAAGAAGCCCACUUGGCCAGAAAAAUCAAUCUCCUUUUGGAUUUUGAGGUUUUCUUCAUCCUCCACUCUGUUGGCAAAUAUUGGGGUUAAGUGAGGUGUUGUGACUGUCACUUCUGAUGCGUCUAACCAAGGUUGCAGAUACUCGAGCCUUGGGGGCUUUGUCUGACAAAAUUAAAUGCCAUGAUGCAACUUUAGUAUAACUGUCUGCAAUUUCUUCUUCCACGGUCACAUGCAACUGUAACUAGCAUGCUUGGAGUUGCAUGAAACAUGCAAAGUUAGAGGUUCCUAUUUGAUGUAUGGACGGGCACAACGACCCUGACUUGAUUAAAUUUGGAGAUUCGUGCAGAAGUGAUAUCAUUGUACUCCUGAAAAAUAGGAUAGGAAGACAAGAACUCUUUCAUUCACAUUCCUUUAUCCUUAAAAGCAAGAGCACGUAUUUUGCAGAUAGACUUUCAGACCCGAGCUCUCAAACUUGUAUAGAGAUCGAGUGCUCAGAGGUCAAUUAUAAUCACCAUCUGAAACUUCUAAAGUGUCUUUAUCUUCCAGCAGACUCACUUUCGGAUUCCUUUGACUCUGUUCGGUCGGCCCUUGGUGUUCUUCAGGUUGCUGCAGACUUACAUUGUGAAUCGGUUGUUCACAGCUGUGUCCAGUACCUGGAGGCUGUUCCUUGGGAAGAAAGUGAAGAGGAUGAAAUUUUGGAUGUAGUUUCACGGUUGGGUCCAAUUGCCAUGCCCAUAUUGGCAAGAAUCCAACCAGUGGAUUUGGUUGGCACAAAGAGUGUUUUCAUCUCAGCAAUACGUUUCGCCACUUCAAUAGAUGGUCCUUCCCCUCCUUUCGGGGACGAACUUAGAACCUCAGCCCAAGAACAGGUCGAGUACAUGCUUGGGGAUGAUGCAGACAUGCCAUUGGUUACAGCUGAUAACGAGGUACAAUUAGAGACGAUAACUGGUCUGUCCAAGACUUUUUCUUCGUUUGAAAGAGAACUAUCCUUGAUUUUUGAAUCUGGCAUGUGCAAGUUCACAGAGUGUAAAAUUUUGCAAUCUCUAUCUGAUCUUGAAUGGAUGUGCAAUGUUCUGCUAAAGAUGGGCCUAAUGAAUGAUUUUGUCUCGAAGUGGAUUGAUAUAUCGGAAACCAUAUUACGGGUCGUCGAAGACGAGAAUCUCAAAUGUAUGUGGGGUCUAAAACUGAAACUUGUAGAAGUGACUUCAAAAGUACUCGAUGCAGUUGGAUACGGGAAUGUGAUUCUACCAGCUCCACACCGUGUCCAACUGAUAAAAUCGUGGCUUCCAUUUAUCAGAAAACUGAAGCCUAUUCUUGAUUUGAUGGGCGAUAAAGAUGCAGAAUUUCCUUACAAGAUGGAUGAAGAUAUGUGCCAGAGCAUUGAAGGUGCAAUGGUUUCCUUAGUUUCAGCACUGCCAUCUGAUGAUCAAGCUGACAUUCUUGCUGAUUGGAUGAACGCCGAGCAGCUAAGAUAUCCCGAUCUGAGCGAGGCUUUCGAGGUAUGGUGCUUUAGAACUAAGUCUGCUAAGAGAAGAUUAGUUGGGGGCUUGAUGGACAAAGUUGAUAGUACCACCGUCAGCCUCUGAUCUAUCUGUCCAUUGUUUUUCUUGGUAAUCAAUUUUCUAAGAGGAGAUUACAUGCUUCUGUUCUCAUUGCUGUAUGAUUUUGGAGCUAAGCAUGAUUUUUCACUCUGCUCAUUUCCUUUCAGCUUCCUCAUUGUCUUUUCCUUCUUAAUGCAUGCUUAUGUCAAUGAAAGUUCCUCAGAAUUAUGAUAAA